CUAGCGUCCUGGCUUCCGGCUCCGGCUUGGAGCUGGGUGUUCAGAAAGUGGGUGUACUGCGUUAGCGUUUAGGUGGGUUGUUUAGAUGGCGCCAGCCUCAGCGUCUCCAGUCAGUUCUUUUAGUCACACAUUCAUUCCGCUGCCAACAGUCAAACUCGACGUCGAGCGAUUAAAUCCCUGGCAUCGCCCUGUGUAGCCUUGCAUCUGUUCGAUCAGCCAUUCCGGCUACUGUUCCACCGCCAGUCUGACUUAAACAGAAGCCGUCGGGCUUAGUCAGCGAUACCACUUUAAGAAAAUUCCAAGGAAAAGGCUGCCCCUGAUCUAAAAUUCCCACCUCUGGCUUCCAGGGAUUGGAUUACAAAGUUUGACAAACUUCUCUUCUCCACUCCCUAUUGGUGAAGAAGCUAUCAUUCUUUCUUUGGCCUGGAGUUUUGUUAAGUACCGGGUUGCUUUAUGGAAAAAUGCUGGGUUUUUUUUAGGACGAAACUGCUCUGUUUAGACUUGUCUGUGGUUAUCAGGCUGUAGAAUCCUUAACUUGAUACAGAGGGAGCCAAAUUGGCAACUCAGAUUUUCAAGAGAACUGUGAAAAGGAAAAGGACUCUCUCUCCAUGGGACCGCUAAACUCACAAAGGAUUUUACGACAAAGUUGCAGAUACUGAGCCUUAAGGAAACUUUCCAGGUGUUUUGUUUUGCUAGUUUUAAAGGAACGUCCAAAGAAAACCAGAGGAAACACCUGGUGCUGAGCGUGGCUGGAGGGAGAGGCAUCAGAGCUCUUUUGUCUUUAGAAUGAAGGUGGAAAUGCAAUUCCCAGGUUAUCAGUGGAAUUUUGUAAGCUUCGAGUGCACCAUGUUAGACAAACUAAAAUCCUACAAGUUGUACAAGAGGACAAUGCGUAUGAGAAUAUGCAGGAGUCCCAGGACACCCACAUGUCCAGCCACCUAGACGAAGUCGUUGCUGCUGUCAGCGUCACUUCUAAAAACAGGAUCCCGAAUAAGCUGCUUCAGACAGCACUGUUCCAGCCCCCUCGAGAGAAACUCCACCUGUGUGAGGAGAGAGCAAAGUCCUACUCCAGCAGCCGAGAGUACAAACAGGCCAUCCAGGAGCUUGUGCGCUGUGUGGCACUAACAAGAAUUUGCUAUGGCGACUGGCACUGGAAACUAGCGGAGGCGUAUGUUAAUCUGGCUCAGGGUUACCUGCAGCUGAAAGGGUUGUCACUACAAGCAAAGCAGCAUGCAGAGAAAGCCAAGGAGAUCCUGGCCAACUCCAUCGAGAGUCCCUGUCACAACAAAACAGAUAUCUUCAAGUGUUCCCUGGAGCUUUUCUAUACCCUGGGGAGAGCGCUGCUCUCCCUUCAAAAAUUUAAAGACGCCUCAGAGAACUUGAUAAAAGCAGAGAGACUUUCCAAGGAGAUGCUGCAAUGUGGGAACAUUGUAAAGGAAGAGUGGAUAGAAAUCCAGUCUCGAAUCAAGCUGUCGUUUGCACAGUUGUAUCAAGGUCAGAAGAGAUCAAAAGAAGCUUUCCCGUUCUAUCAAAAGGCUUUGGAAUAUACCGAGAUCACCAAAGAUGAAAAAAGUCUUGAGUGUGUACAAGUCCUGAGGGAACUGGCAGGUGUGGAGCAAGCCCUAGGACUCUACGCCGCCGCCAUCAGUCAUUUCUCACGGGCACAUCUCAUCAUCCUGAGUAAAGAUCCCUCCCCGGAGGAGGCUGCAGACUCUGCACACUUCAUCGCCCGGGCUGCUGCUGCUUCUGGGAUGCACGACCACCGUGAUGUGGCCGAGAAAUACUUUCAGGAAAGCAUGACUUCUAUCAAGGAUUCCGAAGGAGCGGAAAGAGCCAAGUUCCUUUCGAUUCAAGAUGAGUUUUGCAGUUUUCUGCAAACCACCGGACAAAAAGAAAGAGCGGCCAUGAUCCUGAGAGAGUCCCUGGAAGCCAAAGUAGGAGCAUUUGGUGACUUCAGUCCUGAGGUGGCAGAAACGUACCGGGCCCUGGGCAGGGCAGACCUGGCGCAGGGAAACAACAGUGGAGCGUACGCGAAGCUAAAGAAGUGUGUCCAGAUUGAGACGUUCUUGUAUGGAUCACAGGACAAGAAGACCCUGGCCACCCAGCACACCAUAGACACACUGUCCAAACUAGCCUCUGCAGGUUAGCACACUUGCUGGAGAAGGAAGGCCUUGCCUCUAGAACUCUGCCUUGUGGGUGGGUGUCAGUGUCACAACUGUACCUUGAAGACUGGCAGAAAGCCCAACACUACCUAGUGAAGGCCGCCAUUUCAGAGUGGGUAUUCCCUGAGAGGAUAUGGACUGAGGAUCAAGUCCAGGUCAGGAAAGUACAGCAGUGGCUUUCACUGGAGGCACCCUUUUAGGGCAGCGUAAGUGGGUCAACAACGCUUCCCGUCAGGACUUGACAGUAUUUUCCACUCUCAUUCCACGGAUGACCUACCUAAGACCUGAUUUGCCUCAGCUCGGUGAGCAUGGCUGCAAGGCAUUAAGAGAGGAGAAGCACGCCUUGUGUUUGAUGUUCUUGGGCCAUGGGUCUCCUCUGCAUCCCCUCCUGAGGCUUCUUCCCAACAGCAAAGGCCCUCGCUCACCGGUCUCCCUUCCGUCUACAGGAUCUCCGAGGCUGCCGGGAAGUCAAGGCAAUCGGUGAAAGCCAAAGUAGCAUUCUGCACCAGUGCCCCCCAGUACGGCAUGCCAGGGAAGGGCAGGCACAGUGUAGCAGACUGAUGCGCCCAUGUGCCGCCCCAAAGAAAGCUCCAAGAAAGACUUGGCAUUGCUUGUAGGAUGCUGAACAAACCUCUCUCCAGCUCGAAGGUGAAGUUCAGCAGCCACUGCAGGUUUUUAAGGCUGUUUACUUCAGAAUGCAAUGGCAGUACCAUGAAUCUUCCACACCCCAAUUGUGAAUGCCCUUUGGGGUGAUAUGGUGCUCUUGGUUAUCUUCUUUCACCAAGGAGACUCUCCUCUGUCAUCUCUGCCGUGGCUGAAACACUCUUCCCAAGUUGGAGCUUCUUGACAGGAAAGGAGACUCACCUGGUGACAGGCAGGGCUCCUGCUCCAUCCAGAGCCACAUCUGGGGCAGCGAGACCCUGCACAAAGCCUCCCUCGUAUGAAAGUAAUAGUAACUGAGAAGAAACUACCAAUAAAGAGAUGCUUGUGCUAGCAGCAGUUUGUGUGUUUGAAAUGAAGACUGGAGCUGGCAAUGCUGCCCCGGGACAGAGCGCUUGCCUGGACUCCAUGGAGCCUGCUAUGGUUUAAAUGCGAAAUGUCUCUCAUAGGCUCGUAUAUUUGAACACUUGGUUCCCAUUGCUGAGAGGCCUUGAGGCAGGAGUCCAGUUGGAUGAACUGUGUCACUGGAGGUGGGCUCUGAGGUUUCUUAGCCUUAGUCCCAUUUUCUAUGCACUCUCUGCUUCCUGAUGGCAGACUCAGUGGGACUAGCUGGUGGUGCCUCUGCCACCUGCCUUCCUCACCAUUGUGUGUGUGUGUGUGUGUGUGUGUGUGUGUGUGUGUGUGUGUGUGUGUGUGUAAAUAUGCACACACACACCCCUACCUGCCUUCCAUCUAAAAGCCAAAAUCAACCCUUUGCUUCUUAUUGGCUGUUUGAGCAACCAGCAUUAUUUUUCUCAUUGUAAGGAUAAAAAGAAUAGCAUGGAAAACAGGCACUGGAAUAGACCCACAGCCAUGGUCCGGCUGACUGCAGGUCUCCGGUGUUUGGAAUUGAUCUGCAGGAAUAAUAUGGAAGAGUGUAGAAGUAUGGGCAGGGGAGCCCCUCAGAAGCUGAAAGCAGAUCUCAGAAGACCAUCCUAGGGGUGGGGGUGUCUAGAUGACCAGGAUGUUAUGACAAAUCCUGACACUAGAGGAGAAUAAGGACUCUGUUAAGACCUGGGCUACAUUGUCCUACAUUACAACAAGGAAUCUGUCUGCAUUCUGCGCAUGUGCCAAGACCUCAUAUACCUAAAGUAUAUGUACUUGAGACCUCAUGGUCAUGUAGUGGACUACUGUGUUUGAUGGGUGAGCCUCUAAGACACAAUUGCAGUCAGGUGUGGUGGAGUUGCUCACUGUUCUUAUCCAGAGAGCUACAAGUGGAACAGAGGGAUGGAGGGUGCAGCAUCUGGUGGGGAAAGGAAUGGGCCUAAAAUUAGAGAUAGGGUCGGUACAAAAGCAGCCUGGAAGUUAAAGUGAUUAGCUGCCCCUUUAAAAAGAAAUCUAGUGUUCUUUACUGGGACACUAGGAAAGCUGUCCUGAGGGCAGAACCCCACCCACUAAAGGCUCCAAAUCUGGAAAAAGCAAAUGUAUUUGAAGGUUGUUAAGAGAGCCUGAACUGAGAAUGUAGGGGGCCCUGCUUAGAAAUGAAUACCUGGAAAUAGAGACCUGAGUGACUGUGGUCCAAGUGGGCCAGAUUGUAUUGCAAGGUGGCAGUGGGACAUGACGACAUUAUUGUGCAAAUAUGCGAAACUCAAGUGGGGGAGGUGGGUCACAGAAGUUGGCACCAAGGCUCUGAAAGGCACUGAGGCCAUUGUGUGCUGUAACAGUGACGCCUGAGCUGUGAUGGAGACCUCAGGAUGCUGGAGACACCAGGACCACACAGGAGGCGUCAGCUGAAGGACUCUGCAGCAGACUCAUGCUGUCCUAUAAGAGACCAUGAGCUUCAGGCUGCAGAACUGUAGCAGCAGGUAUACCCAAGCUCUUCAGAGCCCAAAUGCUUCUACUGUGAGCCUCGGGUAUGUAGAGCUGAAGGGUUUGGUAUUUAUUUGCCCUGCUGGGUUUUGAUCUUACUUUAGUAUGACCUUCCCUUGUUAUGGAGUGGGAAAACUCUGUGCUGCUGAUGUUGGAAGUAUGAUUUCCUCCUUGGACUGAAUACAUGUUGCAUUAUGAAAUGGCCAUGGGCCUCUGGAGACAGGGGCAAAACGCUGUGGUUUGAUUGUGAAAUGCCCCCUAUACAGUUGUAUGUUUGAAUAUUUUGUCCCAGGAUAGGUUGGGCCUAGAGGAAGUGGAUCAGUGGGGGGUGGGCCUUGAGGUUUCAUCACCCCACCCCAUAUCCCGCCUACACUUUGCUUCCUGACUGUGUUUGCAGUGUGGCCAACCACCUCAGAUUACGGCUGAUCUGCCCUCACUGCCAUGAUGGGCUGUAUCCCCUCGAACUGUAAGCCAGAACCAGCCCUUCUUCCUUGUUUCUUGUCAAGUAUUUGAUCACAACCAUGAAAAAAAAA